UUUUCACCACCCACCUGCAUACCUGCAGGCUCAGCCCAGCAAUCCAUUUGGACAGUGUAGAUAAAAAAAAAAACUGCAAUUUUAAUUGAGCAAUCUAUGCGGUCAGGAGUGGCCUAAAGUGCUCGCGCAGCGUGUGGUGCUGCUUUGGCUACGAUAAGCGACGAGAUAAGCGUUCGAUAAGUUCGAUCCACUCAACUGGUCGAGUGUGCUUAUCUCAACCUUAGCUGCUGCUGCUGCCUGGCCACAAGAAUUCUCAAUGCAGGCAGCUCGACGACUUUCAGUCACAUAGAGAACAUGAUAUGGUUCAUUGCUGCGAAUUUCGGCCUGUUGGUGGCGCUGGUAUCACUGGUGCUGAUGCUGCUUGGCCGCAAGUCGACGCUCAUCUUUGGAAAAUAUCCGUGCAAGGGUCCGUUCUAUAGCAUUAAGUAUCGCAUAGCGCUGUGGCUGCUGCGCCGCCUGCGCUUGCAUUUCUACAAGCGCAACGAGGAGCUGCUCAGCUCGUCCGCUCAUCUGGCCACGAUCGAUUGCCCGCAGCCGCUGACCGACGAUCCCAAGAGCUACGAUGUAGUCAGCUUUAUGGCUGCCAAUGCAGCUGGUGUAAAGUUGAUGCUAACGCUGGAACGACGACGACGUGGCGUAUUGAAGGCAGCGUUUUAUCUCUGGCUGCCCGGCGAUGGCUUGCUCUGCUCACCACGCUUGCCCGACAUGGUGCAUUUCACCAGCGAAGGCGGCUACGGCGAGAGCAGCGAAUUUCGCGGCGCUGGUUUUCACAUCUUUCCGGUGCGCUCAAUGCGCAGCUGGCGUUUGCUCUACAACGGACAACUACGACGCAAUGGCGAGCUGCUGGAUGUGAAACUGGAUUUGGAUUUCAACAGCACUGCAGCGCACUUUGACUACAAUCGCGAUCUCAGCUCAGCGCUGAUUGCUGACUCCAUAGCACGCGAGGCCUGGAACGACACCUUCUAUGGCCUGCUGAAGCGCGUUGGCCAAGUGCUGGACAAGCGCACGCACUAUGAGCAGUCUGGCAUGCUAACUGGCACCAUAAUGUUCGAAGGACGCCGUCGUGAGCUCAAGUUGCGCGGCUUUCGCGAUCACAGCUUCGGCACUGAGCGCUGCCUGAGCUCCAUCAAUCGUUAUGUGUACUUUGCUCUGCUGCUGGAUGAUGGCAGCAGCAUGGUCGUCGGCAAUCUAAGUCAGCCCUCGUUCUUUCUCUCCUCGCUCAAGAUGGGCUACUUCUGCACCGCUGAGGGCGUCUAUGAGCCCAUUACGGCCAGCAAUUUUGAGCUCUACUCCUACGGCGAGAAGGGCACACCGCCGCAGCAUCAGAACUUCAUCGUCAAUACGGCGGACAACGUGUACAUGGUGCAGAUAGAAGUCGAGCACAGCGCCAUACGCUACGUGGGCGGCGACUGGGAGUCCAAGGUGUACAAUCAGUUCGUUGCCUGCACCGUCAAUGGCAUCGCUGGCCAGGGACAUGCCGAGUAUCUUUACAGGCACAACAGCGGCCGUCCCGAGGAAGUUGCUGCCGAGGAUCCCAUUUGGUAUCAGCGCAUCAAGCGCUUUGAGCGCAGUCUCAGCAACAUGGAGCUCAUGAACGACCUGGAGGACGAGGACUUUAUAUUCUAAUUUUUUUUUAAAUCUAAGUGUCACUAUUUCAUUAUGUCUAGAUAUGCAAAAUGUAAGUCUAGCUUGCAUAAGAUUGCUAAAAUAUUUUAGAUAUCAUUUUUUUUUUAAUUUUAAGCGAAACUAUUUCAAAAACGUCUAUAUGGACAUAUAUGUGUGUGAUAAAACUGAUAAACUAUAAGAACGCUGUGCAUAAAACAGAGUUUAAAAAUAAAUUCCAAAAUUUAAAACUAAAAUUCAAGUCUAGCUUGAAUACAAUUGGCAAAGUAUUUUGGUUUAAGUGUAACUAUUUCAAAAAACCUUUAGAAUUUCUAUAUGUGUGUGAUAAUCCGGAAGACAACUACAGAGUCUAAAAAUAAAUAUCAAUGUCUAAAUGUCCAAAAUUCAAGUUUAGCUUGAAUAAUAUUUUAGAUCUCUUUUUUUUCUAAGUUGUAAGCUGAACAAUUGCAAAAACGUUACAUAUACUAGGUGUGAUAAACUGAUAAUACAGAGUCUUAACGUAUAUUUAAAAACUAAUUA